GUUGACAUUUAGCGCCAAAUCUUGAGUCGGAAAACAACAACCAUGGAUGUCGCUCGCCAAGUAAAGACUAAAGUGUCCGCUGGCUUCAAGAUGCGGGGACUUAUACUUCGACCUGAGGCCAGCAGACACCUUGUGGAGGUCCUGGAGUCUGUCAAUGCCUCUGAACUGGAUGAUAUUAUUGAAAAAGUAUUGGAUGCAGUGGAAAAGCAACCAUUGUCCUCUAGUAUGAUAGAGCUGUCUGUGGUGGAGAUUGCAGUUCAGGAUUGUACUCAGUCUUGUGAUGAAACCAUAGAUAAUGUUUUUAACAUUAUUGGAGCCUUUGAUGUGCCCAGAUACAUUUACAGCACGGAGCGGAAGAAAUUUGUACCCAUUACCAUGACGAGCCAUUCGGCACCCAGUCUGUGUGGUUUGGCCAAAGACAAAGCUGAACUCUUCAGGGAGCGCUACACCAUCUUACAACAACGUAUCCAUCGGCACCAGCUCUUCACCCCACCUGCAAUAGGAGCUGCUGUUGACGAGGGUCAAAACAAAUUUCAGCUCAAGACAAUUGAAGCACUGCUUGGUAGCACAUCAAAACUGGGAGAAGUGAUUGUACUCGGGAUGGUCACACAACUGAAAGAGGGUAAAUUUUACCUGGAGGACCCAAGUGGAACAGUACAGCUUGAAAUGUCCAAAGCACAGUUUCAUAAUGGCCUCUACACAGAAUCCUGCUUUGUACUGGCAGAGGGUUGGUACGAGGACGCUGUUUUCCACGUUAAUGGCUUCGGGUUUCCCCCAACGGAGUCGUCAUCCGGCACGAGGGCAUACUACGGCAAUCUGAACUUCUUUGGUGGUCCGUCCACCACUUCAGUGAAAGCAUCAGCCAAGCUGAAGCAGCUGGAGGAGGAGAAUGAAGAUGCCAUGUUCGUCAUUGUUUCUGAUGUUUGGCUGGACAACGUUGAAGUGAUGGAAAAGCUCAACACAAUGUUCUCAGGCUAUGCUUCGAUGCCUCCUACCAGUUUCAUUUUGUGUGGAAACUUCUCUUCUGCCCCGUAUGGAAAAACACAGAUCAAAUCACUCAAAGACUCACUGAAGGCUCUUGCUGAUGCUAUAUGUGCGUACCCUAGCAUUCACAGCAGCUGUCGCUUUGUGUUUGUUCCUGGCCCUGAAGACCCAGGUCCAGGCAACAUACUGCCACGUCCUCCUUUGGCAGAUUAUAUCACAGAGGAGUUCAGGCAGAGGGUGCCAUGUUCCGUGUUCACUACUAACCCAUGCAGGAUCCAGUACUGCAGCCAAGAGAUUGUCAUUAUCAGGGAAGACCUGGUCAACAAGAUGUGCAGGAACUGCGUCCGGUUGCCCAAUAACAAUCUUGACAUUCCAAACCAUUUUGUUAAGACCAUCUUAUCCCAGGGUCACUUGACUCCACUCCCUCUGUAUGUCAGUCCUGUAUUCUGGGCGUAUGACUACUCCCUGCGUGUCUACCCAGUCCCUGAUGUCAUCAUCUUUGCAGACAAAUACGACCCGUUCAGCAUUAAAAACACAGACUGCCUCUGUGUCAACCCGGGCUCGUUCCCCAAAAGUGGCUUCACAUUUAAGGUGUAUUACCCAUCCAGCAGAACUGUUGAAGACAGCAAACUUCAAGGACUCUAAAGAAAAUUAGGGAUUAGGAAGUAGAUCUGAGUAAGAAAUGUUGUAAAUAGCUUAUGUAUGAUACUGAAUGUAAAAAUGGAUUGGUAAUCAAAUUGCUGUUGUUUUUUAUUUUGUAUGUAUCUGUAUCAUAAAUCUGUAUGUACGUCUGUCAUGAAUAAUAAAGGUUUUAUUCAUUAUACAAAACA